AUGCAGAGUCAAAACACUCAUCAAGGUAUAAUUUUGCUAUUAAACCUAACUAAUUACUCUUCAGGCGAUGAAUAACAGUAGUAAUAAGAUGGUUUAAACAAUAGCUAAAACCAGCAAUAAUAAUUUCUAGAAUAAUAUGGCUCAGGUGCUGCUUCCUUGAACUAAUCGGGCAUAUACGCACAGAAUGACAACUCAUCACAAUUGAUUCCUCAUAUUAACAAUUCUAUUGAUAUAUAAGUUGAAAAUGAGAGCGAGUCAAUGACAACGAAUACUUAAGAUCAGAAGUAAUAUAACAUGAGUGUAUCAAAUAAGCAGAAUGAAUCAAUAAAAAUUGAAUAGGACUAGCUUAAUCAUUAGCAAUAGCAUCAAAAUGAUCAUGCUGCGGCCUCUCCAAAUAAUAAUUAAAGAGAUGAUAAUAACAAUAAUAAUUAGGAAGCACUGUACCGAUUGAGUGAGAGAACAAAUAGAGUUAGUAGUAGCAAAAAAACUAACAAUACAAAUGCCACUAACAAUAUGUCCAACAUUUAGCCUGGUACAGUCUUAGAGAACAAACCAUUAUGGGAUUAAAUCUUUAAAAUGAUUCACUACAACGAUAUUCAAGGAUUAAAGAAUCUCCUGAAAUUAGAAGCAUAGCUUAAUAUAGUUGAGAUUAGAGAUGCUAGGAGAUUCACAGCUUUAUCUUUUUGUUGCUAUAAGAAUUCUGAAGAGGCGUUUAUGAUUCUCUAUAAUCAUGCUUUGGAUUUCAAUGUAAGUGAUCGAAGAUUCGACCAGAAAAAGUAAAUUUUGAGUGAGUGGGCCAAUUCACCUACAGACGAAGAUUUUACAGCUUUGCAUUUUGCUACUUAUCAUGGAAAUUACAAUUUGAUAAAGUUUCUAAUGGAUAAUACUAAUUCUGACAUCUAUAAGAGGAAUAAGUUUGGGUCUACUGUGAUGCAUAUUGCUGCUCAAGGAGAUCAAGCUUUACCGAUUUUUUUCUUUAAAGAAAAGGGAAUGGAUAUUAACAUUAGAGACAAUAGAUUGAGUACUCCACUUCACUGGGCUUGCUAUUCAAGGUCAGAAGUAGCCUUAAAUUAUCUAUUAGCCAUGAACCCUAAUCUAGAAGCAUAGGACCAAAAAGGAUUUACUCCCUUGCACCUAGCUGUAAAAUCAGUUGAAAUGCUUAAAUCUACGAGGCCAGUUAGAGCUUUAUUACUAAAAGGAGCUAAUAGAUUAGCCAAAGAUUUGGAAGGUAGAACUGCAGCAGACCACAUACCCCAAAAUUUGCCUGAGACAGUCAGAAACGAUCUGGUAGUUAUGCUUAGAAAACCAAGUUAUUGGGAAUGCCUAAUGAUUAAAACUCCAUUAGUACCACUAAAGCCCAAUCAUAAAACUUAGUUUACUUUUGCUGGGUUAUUCAUUCUUGCUCAUUUUGCUUUGUUCUUCAUUCAAUAUCCUAAUUAUGAGGAAUGGUUUUAUGCUGUGAUUAGUGUGGUUCUUGCAUUGAUAACUGUGACAGCUUUCUUAACUGCAUCUUUGAAAAACCCUGGAUAUGUUAGAUAAGAUAACAGAAAGCCUCUAAAUUUCUUGGUACUAAUGCAGAAAUUUAAUCCGACUGAGCUUUGUCCAGAUUGUUAGGUUAUUAGAACCUAGAGAUCUAGACAUUGCGCCAUAUGCAAUCUAUGCGUUGAAAGAUUUGAUCAUCAUUGUCCAUGGAUUAAUAACUGUGUCGGCAUUCGUAACCAUGGUGCUUUCUUGAUUUUCCUAAUAUUUACUUGGAUCAUGUGCAGCUUUACCAUAUUUAUCAGCAUUAUGAGUAUAAUUGGAGGCACCGAUGAUAACUUAAAAGAUAACCCUCUAAGAUACAUCUGUUUUGUACAAAUCUGUAAUAAAUACUCUGCUCUAGUUGCCUUUGCAAUUCUUGACAUUAUUAUUAGUUUUCUAUUUGUAGUGCCAUUAACUCUCCUUUUGUUUGUUCAUGUAAAGAAUUUUGCUUCAGGAAAGACUACUAAUGAAAGAUUUUCAAAAAAAGCACUAAGUAGUUUUUCUGAGAUGGCAAGUUAAAUGGACAGUGAAUUCGCUAGUGAAACCGAAUCUUUAAUAGGAGAUACAUCAUCUAGGAACUCAAUCGUUGCUGAUGAAAACCAAAAGUCAAGCAAAAGAUAAAGAAGAGCCUCAAUCAAUUAGAAAAAGGGAUGUUUGAAGAAUUGGUACAACAUGAUGUUCAACCAAAAAAUCGUAUCUCAAUAAGAAUUAUACGAAAGAUAAGUGAGAUAAAUGACUAGAAAUUCUAUAUCGGUAAAGGAGGCUAUGUCAGUCUUAUCAGCAGAUAAUAAGAGUAACAAUAAUAUUUCAUGA